AUGUAUUCUUGGCUUUUGUUAUUGGAGACAUUCAAAACCCAGUUUCUAGUUGCCAUGAUAAUGGUGGUAUUUCCUGGCUCCGAAGACAAAGCUGGAGAGAUGUGUGGUGCAGCUCAUCAGGGAGAGCGUGGGCCGCACUUUGACUCUGAGCUCAUGGCAUGUCAUCAGUUCAUUGCUGAGGUAUUUGGUGCUGAGCCCCUUGAUCGCUGGGCUUCCCUCGUGGCUCAGGCAGUAAAGAGUCCGCCUGCAAUGCAAGAGAACCCAGUUCGGUCCCUGGGUUGGGAAGAUUCCCUGGAGAAGGGAAAUGGUUACCCACUCCAGUAUUCUUGCCAGGAAAAUCCCCAUGGGGUCACAAGAGAGUCGGACAUGACUAAGCAACUAACAGUUAACACUUUUUCACUUUGCUGGGUCACGAGCAAGGAUGAAAGUACUAUUAGGAAUCCAGUAUUAGCUGCUGUGGUGGGAAAAACCAGUUGUGUCCAAUUGGUGUUUAGUUUUUAUUUGGAUAGAAUAUAUUUUGGUGUCAUGUGA